AUGGAACAGUGGGAAGGCAAAGCCUCGGCCAAGCUCCCCACCACCAAGGCUGACAAAGCCUGGUCCCUCCUCUCCAGCUUCUGUAGCCUUCAGUUGUGGCUCCCAGGACUGGUGGAAACAUGCCGGAAGAUAGCCGGCGCCGAAGGCCAACCCGGCUGCGUUCGCUACUGCGCCAGCCCUCCCGGCGACGACGGCAAGCCGGUCAUCUGGGCCUACGAGGAGCUGCUGACUUUCGACCCGGCGCGCCGGUGCUUCGAGUACGAAGUGGCCGACAACAACAUAGGGUUGAAGCGGUACGUCGCGACGUUCAAGGUGCUUCUGCCGCCGUCGAACGGGGAGGGCGGGUGCCAACUCUAG